CUUAUUUAUACAUUGACGAUGUCUUCGAUUUCUACUGCUGCUUUGCAAAACCUUGACGAAUCUUCAAGAAAGGAGAUCAUGCAAUUUGUUGAAUCUGAAAAUUCCAAAUCAAAGGUUCAAAUGUCUAUUCACAACUUCACUGAUAUGUGCUUCAAGAAAUGCAAUAAGGACAAACCAAUACUCAGUGCUGAUUUAAACAGUGGUGAAGAGCAAUGUUUAACUAAUUGCUUGAACAGAUUCUUGGAUACCAAUAUCAGAGUGGUUCAAGCUUUACAAGGAGUUCAAAAAUAGAUUUCCUACGAUCAUAUAUAUUAAAUAGUUGUACAUUCCUUUAAUCUUGUAAAUAUACAUUCCGGU